UUUGAACCAGAGCGGCGCUCCAGAAGUUGUGACUUUAUGAACGUUUCGGUGUUAUUUUAACAUUCAGCUGACUUUCGUGGAUACGUGUUACAUUCAGCAGACUCCAAUAUAAAGGAGAAAGUAUUUACCGUCUUUCCAAAGACAUGAACCUCCCCCACGAAGUGCCUCUGAAGUUAGGCUGCAGGCAAGAGUCUGAGAGGACACCUGAGAAAGUGUUCUCUGGGCACUCACUGAGUCACUUAGAUGCUCCUAUGUGCAGGCUGGAUGCUGAGUACUUCCCAGAAAUCACCCUCCUCGAAGUUACAUGUGAUUCAAUUCUUCCUGGCAGUGUGCCUGCUACGCCUCUAACAGCUGGGUCUGUGAAGAGCAGGUUUGCCUUUCCCCAGCCUUCUCCAUUUCAUUACACCACCAAUUUAAACCCCAUUUUGUCAGAAACAGGCUUAAAUGACAUAAAGAGUGCUAAAGAAAACACGUCUGAAGUCCAUUCUCCUGAACUGUCAAGACAUAAUGGGACAACAGCCAGUAAAGACCUUAAUGUCGAGAUGGUUGACUCCCCUGAGAGUAAGUACGCUCUUGAGCGCUUUCUGGAUUUCCCAGAAAUUACUCUCCUUGAUGCUACACGUGAUUCAGACCUAUCACAAGGAGGGGAGUUAUCCUCCAUGGAGGCCACGCGGGAUAUCUCACCAAUGGAUAGUUUGAAAAACAACAUGCCUCCCUCAGAGCUCAGUGGACAAACUGCGGCAGAGCCUGUCAGAUCAGACAUGAAUCAAACUGGAGAAUUGUCAAAUACUCUCACUGGCAGUGUCACUCACACCACAAGCUCCUUAUGUGAACAGUCUGAUAAGAGUGUGGGGGAAAACAUAACACAAGCUUCCUUGGAACUAACUCGGGAUGUUUCUACAGGCAGUGUUUUGGAAAACAGUAGGCCUGCUUUAGAGCACAGCAGACAAGACAUGGCGAAGAUUCAAGCAACAGCCGAGGACACACUUGGUACCCAUCCUGCUAAUGUUACUCACAGCAUAAACUCGAGUGACAUGUCUGUUCAGGGCGCUGCAUCAGAGGUCUCUACUUGUGAUGUGCAGUGUAACAAUAGUUUGAAGAAUGUCACUUUUGAGCUUCAAAGUGAACCUGUAGCGACUUCCAAUACUGUGGAAGCUAAAAAUGUAAACCCACUUCCCAGCAAUGAUGCCGAGCUCACCAGCGUCGUGCCACAAUCGAGCCCAAAAACUGCUGGAUCUUUGAACGGCACAUUUACCUCUCUGCAGUCCCCCCAGUUGAGUCCCUCCACCAAUUUAAACACCACUACUCAAAUACCCGGGCCUCAAAAUAACACGCUGGAUCUUCCCUCUUCUAGUGAAGACAGUCCCAAAGCAGAGAGUGUGGCUACAGAUCAGGCUACUUCAGUCUCUGACAACACCAUCGAAACCUCCCUUGUUUUGAGUAAAACUCGCUCUGCUGUAACGGCAGGUAAUUCAUGUGAUAUGCAGAAUGCCACUUUUGACAGGCAAUCUCUUCGGAAAUCCAGUGGCAAUACUAUUUUAGGGGAAGCUGGUGCUGCAACCUUUUGCCUCCAGAACACUUUUGAUACUAAACCUCCCUUGAAGCAGAAUGGCACAAUAACAUUGUCAGAGAGCUCAGGUGACAGUCACCAGAGCACUUUCGACAAGCCUCUAAAGGUCUACAAUGCAACGAGUAGCCCUAAAGAAAACAAGUCUGAGCACUCACAAUCAGGUCUGCCUGUGACAGAUGGUCUCCCCGACCCUUUGGGCCAACAAAGCAUAGAUAUGGAGAGCAACAAAGCAAACACAUUUGAUUGGGAGGACUCCCUAGAUUUAAAGGCAGACUUUUUGAUCACUUCAACACCAAUGACUGGCUGUAAAAAUUUUAUCUUUAACCCUCGACAAGAGGAGGGCAAAAUCAUAGGGGCGCAGAAGAAUCUGUAUGGCGAUGGUCCCAGUAAGCCAGAUGGUCAGGUGCCAUCAGAUGUUCCAUCAAACAUCAUCUCUGACCGAAAAACUUUCUUGACACAUCCAGCUGGUAAAUCCCUUUUGCCUCCUUCGAAAGCUGCAUCCCAGCUGUUGAAACCCAAGCCGGCAUCUGCACUUCCAGGAAGGUUUGAGCUGUUGACAUCAGGCCUGCCCAUGACGAGACAAAGAGCCCAAGCUGAAGCCUUGAGAAAUACUGCUGCUCCUGAUGCGCCCCAAGCGAGCACAGGAAUAUCAAGCUCUUACAACUUACGCCCAUCAACAACAGGAUUCAAGCCACCCAGUUCAGGCUUGCAGAGACCGCAGUUGAGCGGCAUACCGUCAGGCAUCCAGAGAGCUGCAACAGGUCUCAGGCUGCCAUCAGCAAGAAUCAAUUCAUCAGCUUCUUCAAUUUCAAGCAAGCUCCGUGGACCUACAGCUGCUAACCCUGCGACGAAGACUUCACAGGAAAAGAAGCAGCCCUUAACCAGAGGUGAAACUUUGCCAGUUGCAAAGAGGAAGAGAUUGGAUGCUCCCUUACCGCCCAGUAGUGCUGAAGUCCCAGCAUCAUCCUGUGAUGCGGCAAACAAAGCCAAAAGCCUCAAACAGCCCACAACCAGCAAAAGAGCUUUGCCAGCUAAAACCCAAAAGGAUGAUGUUGCAAUGCCAGCCAGUACCAGAGCAGAAACUUCGACAUGUAGCGACACUUCUAGCAAAGCCAGAGCCCUGAAACAGCCUGCGACCACCCAUAGGGCUGCACUGGCUAAGCCCAGAGGCCACAGAUGUGCCAAUUGCACUGUGCUGGAACAGCAACUGAAAAUGCAGGCAGAAGAACUAAAGAGACUGAAAGAAGAGCUGCUGAAGAAAAGUGAAGAGGAUGAAUACUUUUAAUUUAAUUAUAUUCCUGUUGUCCACCACCAGCAUCAAAGUUAUAUGAAAUACACUAAUAAAGUAUUUGAUGUGGUUUCCAAAUAUGUAUAUAUCAUCUGUGAUAUUUGAAAUAAAGAUACUAUCUGAAGAG